CAGCUGAUUUCUCCACUGUCCGUCAUACCGUGGUUCUUAAUUAUAUAAUUCUAAGCGUUCAAUGUGAUCAAAACAAACUUGGGCACAAAUCAGUGUGUGUGAGUGUGCGGUUACCUGUACGGUGAAACAUGGUAACGAGGUGACGAAUGCGCCCUCUUCGAACCGCACCAGGAAACACUUUAGGUUAGCAACAUGAAAGACGAUGGAGACGGCGACCCCGAAUCCGCUCUGCCAAAUGACGUGCAAACAGCUGAUCCACUAGCUCCACCUCAUGCCCAUUCCGUAAACAUCAUGGCUCCUCCUGGAAAGAGUGUGGGAGAACCCCGUCCCGCCAGCGUUUUUACGGAGCGUUUCUUCGGCGCCUUCCAGUGGGAGGAGUUCGCCUGCGGAUGCGGAGCAGCCUUUGUCAACAUAACAGCCACCUACCCCAUCUACAAAAUGAUUUUCCGGCAAAUGCUGCACGGCGUUCCCAUCACCUCCGCCUUUGCCCAGCUAAGACACGAGGGAUUGGGAUUCCUGUACCGCGGAAUGCUGCCACCUCUGGCCCAGAAGACCAUUUCCCUGUCCAUCAUGUUCGGCGUGUUCGAUGGCACCAGAAGGUACUUAGUGGAGGACUACGACAUGAAUGACUAUGGUGCCAAAGUGAUUGCUGGAGUGGUGGCGGGCAGCGCCGAAUCAAUUCUCCUGCCCUUCGAGCGAGUACAAACCCUGCUGGCGGAUUCCAAGUUCCAUCAACAUUUCUCCAACACAACCAACGCAUUCAGGUAUGUGGUGGCAAACCAUGGCUACCGGGAGCUCUACAGGGGAUUAGAACCAGUAUUUUGGCGAAACGGAUUGUCAAAUGCAUUCUUCUUUGUGCUGCGAGAGGAAGCCAGUUCAAGACUGCCAAAAAGAAAAUCCGUGUCCAGUCGAACGGCCCAGGAGUUUGUGGCGGGCGCAGUGAUUGGAGCCAGCAUUAGUACAAUAUUCUACCCGCUAAACGUAAUCAAGGUGUCGUUGCAAAGUGAGAUGGGCCACCGAUCGGAGGGCAGCUGGGCCGCCUGCAAGCGAAUUUACCGGGAGCGCAACUACCGCAUAGCUAAUUUCUACCGUGGAUGCGCCUUUAACACGGGAAGGUCUUUCAUCAGCUGGGGAAUCAUGAACACCGCCUACGAGAACCUGAAGAAGCUAAUAGCUGAUGAGCAACCGCAGAUUGCUGUGGUUAAUAGUAAAUAGGGCUGGUUACCACCACAAGCAACUACGUAUUAAGCCGCAUGCAAACUAGAUAAGCCUAAGUAGGAGCCGCAUCAGUCAUAUAUUUCUAUUGUUUUCGAAUGAAUAUGGAAGAUUCUGGGAGUAAUCUAAGCUGAAUGUACACAAACGGCAACUGCCGCCCUAUUAGCUAGCCAAUUUUGUAUUGCUUUAAGUUUGGUCUAAGAUGCUGAGAUUUUGGGUUUAAUGUACAUACACAUCCUACGCGAGGCCUGCUGUGUUCCUCCUCCUCAUAUCUGUAUAUCGAUCCAACCGCCCCAACGAUUGCCAAAGUUUUCUACGGCUUGGUGUCUGAAGGCAACGCGAGCAUUUAAUAAAGCCCAUUCUACGAGUUACGGGUUAGAUAGUUUCUAUACGAAUACGUGUGUAAAUAAUAUAGCUUCAGUACAAUACUAUAUAACAGAAGUGUGUUGUUCGUUUGCUAGUGACUUUGUGAUUCAUUGAAAAUACUAAACUGAAAAAACUACGAUGUAAAUUCAAUGUUCUUAACUGAAAAUAAAACCUUUUAAUUAUUAAAGUUGUGAAGUUG